AUGCGAAAAGGUAAGGUUAUUGCAUAUGCUUCUCGACAGCUGAAGAUCCACGAGAAGAAUUACAAAACACACGACUUAGAGCUAGGAGCUAUCGUUUUCGCGCUGAAAUGUUGGAGACAUUACCUAUAUGGGACGAAGAGUGUGAUAUACACAGAUAGUCUGAAAGAUAGAGUAAUUGGGGCACAAGUAGAAGCAAACAAGAAAGAAAAGAUUGAUAAAGAAGGGUUGGGAGGUAUGGUAGAACAAUUUGCUCAAAGAGAAGAUGGAGGGUUGUACUUUUGCGAUCGAUUAUGGAUACCAAUGUAUGGAGGAUUAAGAAAGCUAAUAAUGAAGGAGGCGCACCAAACAAGAUAUUCUAUUCAUCCAGGGAUAGAUAAGAUGUAUAAAGACUUGCGAGACCUAUUUUGGUGGCCAGGAAUGAAAAAUGAUGUGGCGAUUUAUGUGAGCAAGUGUUUACCUGGGAAAGUAUAA